AAGGGCGUGGCUUGUAUGAUGACGUAACAAGACAACCCGCUACUGCUAGCAAGUUCUGUUGACUUGCUGUUAUUUCUGUCUUCUUUUGCCUGCCAGGUUAGUAGUGAAGCAAACAUGGACUACAGCGGGAAGGAGAAAGAGGCCGUUGCUUUAAUGGCGGAAGCCGAGAAGAAAGUAAAGUCGUCACAAUCCUUUCUCGGCAUGUUGUUUGGGGGUUCCUCCAAGUUAGAAGAGGCUUGUGAAAUCUACGUAAGAGCUGCUAACAUGUAUAAGAUGGCCAAAAAUUGGUGUGCUGCUGGAAACGCGUUUUCGCAAGCAGCUCUCCUUCACCUGCAGAUGCAGAGCAAGCACGACGCAGCCACCAACUUCAUUGAUGCCGGAAAUGCCUUCAAAAAAGCUGAUCCACAAGAGGCCAUCAACUGUCUGAACCGGGCCAUCGAGAUUUACACCGACAUGGGUCGCUUCACCAUCGCGGCCAAGCAUCACAUCAGCAUCGCAGAGACAUAUGAGACUGAGUUGGUGGACAUCGAUAAGGCCAUUGCUCAUUAUGAACAGGCAGCUGACUAUUACAAAGGAGAAGAAUCCACCAGUUCAGCAAACAAGUGUCUUCUGAAGGUUGCGACCUAUGCUGCACAGCUGGAGCAGUACCAGAAAGCGAUUGAGAUCUACGAGCAGGUUGGGACCCACGCCAUGGACAGCACGCUGCUGAAAUACAGUGCCAAGGAUCACUUCUUCAAGGCGGCGCUGUGUCACUUCUGCGUGGACAGGCUGAACGCCACUCUCGCCAUCCAGAGAUACGAAGAAAUGUUCCCAGCCUUUUCAGAUUCAAGAGAAUGCAAGCUGUUGAAGAAACUCUCUGACGCACAUGAAGAACAGAAUGUGGACGCCUACACUGAGGCGGUCAAAGAGUUUGACUCCAUCUCCAGACUGGACCAGUGGCUGACCACCAUGCUGCUGCGCAUCAAGAAGACCAUCCAGGAGGAGGAGAGCGACCUGCGCUGACCUCUGACCUCUGCCGCCUCGUCCUCCCACUGGACUUGGUUCCACGCCUCUGUCGCACUCGAACGCCUCACCUUUAGUUUCCCCUCCUUUUUAACAGAAUGGCCUUGCAGGAGCGUCUCAGAGUUGAACAUACCAGCAUGUGCUUUUUUUACCCUCAUGAUUAAAAAUAUCUCAGCAAUAGCUUCACCCUCAUCAUUUGAGUCUGGUUGGCGACAAACGAACGGUCAAAUGCAAGAGCACUUGCUGAGUCGACUCUAAUGGCCUUACACUGUGCAGCUCUCAGGACGCCCAGGUUCCAGAUACGUCACUCGGUGACAACAAAGCCAACUCUGCUUUUCUUUAGAUCUGAAUGUUUUUCACUCAACUAAAGAAGUUUUAAAUUUAUACAACAAAAUAUGCACAUUUCCUGAAGAAAGGAUCUUUUUAACAGUGACAAUUGUUUCUUUCAGAAUUACGUCAGAUUCUAUUUAAUAUAUAAAUAAAACAACCCCCUUAAACUCAUUUGUGCUCAAAACGAUCGUUUGUUAAAAUCUGUACAUAUAACAUUUGUCAGUUUUAUUUUGAAUUGACUGUCAUCAAUUUCACUCAAAAUGUUUCAGUUACUGGACAUGUUGGUUUGGUUUCAAUUAAAAGUUUUGUUUGCCAUCAUUUCACAAAACAAGCUUUUUUCCCAAUUAAAAGUUUGCUUGUUAACCUCAA